GCUCCCUAAGGGCAGGAACCUUUUCUUUUUGUCUGUUGUUCAUGAUGUGCCUCAGGACUUAGAACACUGGUGGUAUCUGGCACCCUGGACACCCAACAAAUAGCAAACAAGCUUUUGUUUUAGGUGUCUAGUAGUCAUACUUUGCUGGACUGAAGGAGCUGGGCCCCAUUUGUGCAGCCCUCGGGCUGUGCAGUCAGAGCACACCCAGUCCUCCUGACUCCAGGAUAGUUUUCUAUCCAGCUUUCUGCCCAGGGCAGAGGGGUGGGUAUGGUGAUGUCACAUCUGCAUAACAUCCUCACAGCUGCACCUUCUGUCUUGCAGGGGGAGCUGAUCACUUUCUAUUACUACUGGAAGAAGACUCCUGAAGCAGCCAGCUCCCGAGCCCAUCGUCGGCACCGUAGGCAAGCCGUGUUCAGGAGGAUUAAGACUCGCACUGCAUCCACCCCUGUCAACACGCCUUCCAGACCCCCCUCUAGUGAAUUUUUGGACCUGAGUUCAGCCAGCGAGGAUGACUUUGACAGUGAAGACAGCGAGCAGGAGCUGAAGGGGUACGCCUGCCGUCAUUGCUUCACCACUACUUCCAAAGACUGGCACCACGGGGGCAGGGAGAACAUCCUACUCUGCACUGACUGCCGCAUCCACUUCAAGAAGUACGGGGAGCUACCGCCCAUUGAGAAGCCUGUGGACCCCCCACCGUUCAUGUUCAAGCCUGUCAAGGAGGAGGACGAUGGGCUCAGUGGGAAACAUAGCAUGAGGACACGGCGGAGUCGGGGCUCGAUGUCUACACUACGCAGUGGUCGCAAGAAGCAGCCUGCCAGCCCUGAUGGUCGCACCUCACCCAUCAAUGAAGACAUCCGCUCCAGUGGUCGGAACUCCCCCAGUGCUGCCAGCACCUCCAGCAAUGACAGUAAAGCAGAGACAGUGAAGAAGUCAGCCAAGAAAGUGAAGGAGGAAGCCUCGUCCCCUCUUAAGAGCACCAAGCGCCAGCGGGAGAAAGUGGCCUCUGAUACAGAGGAGGCUGAUAGGAUCAGCUCCAAGAAGACGAAAACCCAGGAGAUCAGUCGGCCCAAUUCACCAUCUGAAGGCGAAGGAGAAAGUUCGGAUAGUCGCAGUGUCAAUGACGAGGGUAGCAGUGACCCCAAAGACAUCGACCAGGACAAUCGCAGCACGUCCCCCAGCAUCCCCAGCCCUCAGGACAAUGAGAGCGACUCGGACUCAUCAGCCCAGCAGCAGAUGCUGCAGGCCCAGCCCCCAGCCUUGCAGGCUCCCAGUGGGGCUGCCUCAGUUCCCUCUGCAGUCCCUUCAGGAGCACCUCAGCUCCCCACCUCAGGCCCCACGCCCUCUGCCCCUGUAGUCCCUCCCCAGGGGUCCCCUGCAGCCUCACAACCCACUAGCCAGCCACAGGCUUCUGUGGCACCUGCUGCUCACACCCAUAUCCAGCAGGCACCUACCCUGCACCCACCACGGCUGCCCUCCCCUCAUCCUCCACUGCAGACCUUGACAGGGCCAGCUGGCCAGACCUCAGCACCUCCUCACACCCAGCCCCCAUUGCACAGCCAGGCCACAUCUGGCCCUCACAGCCUGCAGACUGGGCCCCUGAUGCCGCACCCAGGCCCCCCUCAGCCCUUUGGCCUACCUCCCCAGGCCUCCCCAGGCCAGGCCCCUCUGGGGACCUCCCCAGCAGCAACUCACCCUCACACAGCCCUGCAACUCCCAGCCUCUCAGACAGCAUUGCAGCCCCAGCAGCCCCCAAGGGAACAGCCCCUGCCACCUGCGCCCUUGGCUAUGCCACAUAUCAAACCCCCACCCACCACCCCCAUCCCCCAGCUUCCUACGCCACAGGCUCACAAGCACCCACCUCACCUCUCAGGGCCCUCGCCCUUCUCCAUAAAUGCCAACCUGCCACCCCCACCAGCCUUGAAGCCCCUCAGCUCGCUGUCUACACACCACCCACCCUCUGCACACCCCCCGCCCCUGCAGCUUAUGCCCCAGAGCCAGCCCUUGCCCUCCUCCCCUGCCCAGCCCCCUGGGCUAACCCAGAGCCAGAACCUGCCCCCUUCUGCCACCUCACACCCACCUUCCAGCCUCCACCAGGUGCCCUCUCAGCCCCCAUUUUCUCAGCACCCCUUUGUUCCUGGAGGCCCUCCUCCCAUCACCCCUCCUUCCUGCCCCUCCACCUCCACCCCACCUGCGGGACCCAGCAACUCAACCCAGCCACCCUGCUCUGCUGCUGUUCCUUCAGGAACCAGUGUCCCUGGGGGUGCAUCUUGCCCGCUCCCCACAGUCCAAAUUAAGGAGGAGGCUCUGGAUGAUGCUGAAGAGCCUGAGAGCCCUCCUCCACCCCCCAGGAGCCCAUCCCCUGAGCCCACAGUGGUGGACACCCCCAGCCAUGCCAGCCAGUCUGCCAGGUUCUACAAACACCUGGACCGGGGUUACAACUCGUGUGCACGGACAGACCUGUACUUCAUGCCUCUGGCCGGAUCCAAACUAGCGAAGAAGAGGGAGGAGGCCAUUGAGAAGGCCAAACGGGAGGCUGAGCAGAAAGCCCGAGAGGAAAGGGAGCGGGAGAAAGAGAAGGAGAAGGAGCGAGAACGCGAGCGUGAGCGGGAACGAGAAGCAGAACGUGCAGCUCAGAAGGCAUCUAGCUCAGCACAUGAAGGACGCCUUAGUGACCCCCAGCUCAGUGGUCCUGGCCAUAUGCGGCCCUCCUUUGAGCCACCACCAACUACAAUUGCCGCUGUUCCCCCGUAUAUUGGGCCUGAUACACCUGCCCUCCGGACAUUGAGCGAGUAUGCUCGGCCUCAUGUCAUGUCACCCACCAACCGCAACCACCCUUUCUACAUGCCCCUCAACCCCACCGAUCCCCUGCUGGCCUACCACAUGCCUGGCCUCUACAAUGUUGACCCCACCAUCCGGGAGCGGGAGCUCCGGGAGCGAGAGAUCCGGGAGCGCGAGAUCCGGGAACGUGAAUUGCGAGAGAGGAUGAAGCCAGGCUUCGAGGUGAAGCCCCCUGAGCUUGACCCCCUGCACCCAGCCACCAACCCCAUGGAGCAUUUUGCCCGGCACAGCGCCCUCACCAUCCCCCCUGCAGCUGGCCCCCACCCAUUCGCCUCUUUCCACCCGGGCCUGAAUCCCUUGGAACGGGAGAGACUGGCCCUGGCAGGCCCUCAGCUGCGGCCUGAGAUGAGCUACCCGGACAGACUGGCGGCUGAGCGCAUCCACGCUGAGCGCAUGGCGUCCCUGACCAGUGACCCUCUGGCACGACUGCAGAUGUUCAAUGUGACUCCACACCAUCACCAGCACUCCCACAUCCACUCCCACCUCCACCUCCACCAGCAGGACCCCCUCCAUCAAGGUUCAGCAGGCCCAGUUCACCCUCUGGUUGACCCCCUGACUGCUGGCCCUCACCUGGCUCGCUUCCCCUACCCUCCUGGCACCCUCCCCAACCCUCUACUUGGACAGCCCCCCCAUGAGCACGAGAUGCUGCGUCAUCCAGUUUUUGGCACCCCCUACCCCCGAGACCUGCCUGGGGCCAUCCCACCCCCUAUGUCAGCAGCCCACCAGCUGCAGGCCAUGCAUGCCCAAUCGGCCGAGCUGCAGAGACUGGCCAUGGAGCAGCAGUGGCUACACGGACACCCCCACAUGCAUGGUGGUCACCUACCAAGUCAGGAAGAUUACUACAGUCGACUGAAGAAAGAAGGUGACAAGCAGUUAUAAGUUAUUUAUUUGUUAAUGCUGGCUGUGGAAACCCCAGUUCUUGGGGGCAGAGACAGGACUUUUUACAUACACUAGUAGCUGCAAAUGCAAAAAGGAAUAUCUUCUAAAGAUUUCUUUAUAUAUUUAAAAACCCCACAACUAAAAAUGUAUCUGAAUAAUAGUGUUCGUUUGUCGAGAGGAUUUCCUGAGACUGGUUUGGCUCUCCCUGCAUGACAGUCCCCCAGAAACUUAGUGAGUCCUGGACUGGACCGAACACCCAGAAAACUUCCCCUGCAAUCUUGGGGUUUGGCUUUAGCUUUUUUUUCCCCUUGAUUUCUCACUAGGUGCUAGAAUCGGCUCAUACCCUUCACUGUGCGUGCAGACACACUUGAGUCAUGGGUUCAAGAACCCAUGAGGUUUGCAGAUAGGCGGCAUAUGAGUUUGGAAUCCGAGAGCUAUAAUUUUUAAAAGAUCUUUUAUUUUAAUACAUUGUAGGAAAUCUUCAUAAUUUGAGAAAGUUCUGCAGCAUGGCUUUUUACAUCUGUAAAUAAGUAAUUUUAGAACAGCCUUUUUUUCCUUCCACAAACGACUAUUCUGAUCUAUUUUUUUCCAGCCAUGUCACUAAUUGUGAAUUCCUACCAGCUAUUGUCAGAAUACAGAGUUGAUUUUUUAAUAAAAAGUUAUAUAUAAUUAUCCCUUUAAUUAAAGGGAGCACAUGGGCGUUAACUAAUUGCAAAUGGGCAGGAGCAUGGGACUAGGUUUGAUCACAGCAGCAAGCAUCCAGGGGUUUGCAGGACAAUGUUACAGGCUCUUUAUUUUGCUGCUUUGAUUUCGCUUCUGUCUGUUCUUCACAUGUGCUUUGCAGCCACAGACGUGUUGGAGCGAGCCUCCUUCAUUAUGCACAGGAGUUCAGUGUUGAGUUUCUGUUCCCACUGUCACUGUUGUGCUGUUUCUGUGGGAUAGAAAGCACAUGUUUAUGUGUGUCUGAUGGUAGAUUCCUUUAGAGUUGAAUGCACACACAUCUAUUCAAAUCUGGAUAGAUUGCCUUUUUUAAUACUCUGAAAAUUUCAUAAACAGUCUAGAGAAUUUUAAGAAAAUUCCAUAUAGACAGCUCAGCACGUGACAGACCCAGGAUAUAUCUUGCCAAAGGAAUCUGUUAGAUAUCUGCCCUUUCACUUGGAUUUUGUGGUAAGGACCAAGCCAAGUCAUCCUUACCACAGACUGAUGCUGCUUCAGAGUGAGGACACCCUAGGGUUAGGUCAGCAUGCUUGUGGAUAUGGCCGGUUCAUUGUGACCCACAUCUGAGUGGGAAACCUCUCCUGGAGGUAGGAGAGUCAGAAAGCAGGUGCCCCAGGAAGCCCCACUCUGUAGGAGGUCAGGCCCUUCAGGGGCAGAGCCUGCUCCUCCGUAUUGGGCUUUCUUUGGAGGCAAGGGUGCACCUGUUGACCAAGCCUUCUGCCAGGACAGAAUCUUCUUCCCAUCCUCCUCUCUGACUCUUGAGGGCCAGUUCUGCUGUUGUAUGUGGUGGUCACAUCUGGGAAUUACCAGAUAAUCAGGGACCACCCUGUGGGUCAGUGGAUUAAGACAUGUGUCCAGGCCCCAGGCCCCACAGGGCAGAAGAGGCUUGAUAGCUGACCUAGUGUCCAUUCAGCUUCAGGCUCUGGACUCAGGCCUUUAACAAGCCUACUCCUCGCUCCACGAACACGAUUGGCUUUGCUUGGGACAGAUUGGAUCAUUUUGUCUGUUGAAAAUGUUUCUAGUUUUGUUUUUGUUUUCUUUAUUUUCUCAUUCCAUUUCUGCCUUAACUUUAGUUCCUUAGGAAAGGCAAGCUCAAAUUCUUUACCAGCAAACUGCUGGCCGCUUUGGCAUGGAGGCUGUUGUUUCCUUCUAGGGGUGGCAGUGUACCAUCCAGGUGCUGUGCCUUCAGCUUCUCUGGCUCUGAGGAAGCCUCUUUUCACUGGGCACUGUAUGAGCAGGCACUUCUUGCCCCAUGCCACCACCUAUCCCUCCUUUUUUCCUCUCUCUCCCCCUCCCUCCCGUCCCCUCCCCUCCUCUCCCUUCCCUUUCCUUCUCCUUCUCCUCCCACCCCCUUCCUCCCUCCUUCCCCCCCUUAAACUGGAUCUACCAUUUGGUUAAACCUUUAUCUUUAUUACCCACUUUUCCAAAGAGAAAGAGUGAAGUACUUUGAAGUCUGUACUUGAAAUUUGUCUGAAGGUGUUUCUUUGUUACGUUUUUGGUUUCUUCCCAUAUCCCAAGGUGAAGCACUGAGAUUCUUCCCUUUAAAUAAACCCAUAACCUGAACCCCUCACCUGAUCAACUACAGUGUGUUAGGAGGCCCCAGACCUUGGUGAUGUCUUUGAAGCCCAGCCCAACAGCUUGGUUUCCCUUUGGAUUUUCCUUCCUUUCAUUUGAAGUUUCAUUUUGCUUUCUGUGUUUUGUACGUACCUUGUUCAGUGUUGUCAAGGUUGAGCUUCAUGUCUCACUGCAGCAGAAGCAAAGCAGAGUGUACAUUCUGAUUUGCUAGGUUUCUAUAUAUCUUGAAGCUAAGUGUAUAUAUGAGUAGUUUCCAUGAGAUAACACAGUGUAAACAGAGUAGACACCCAGAAAUCGUGACUUCUGUGUUCUCUCCAUUUGAGUAUUUUGUAAUUUUUUUGAGAUAUUUGUGAACAUAAAUAAAACCAAGCUACACUACAACACUGGGUGUGGACUGGCUCAGUGUCUCAUUCCUGGAGAGAGGGUGGGUCCUGAUUUAAGUCCUCCAGGGUAGGGAAGGGCCAAGGGCAGACUGCUGUUACCGCCGCUGGGGACCCAAAGUGGCUUCCAGAAAGACACGUCUCCGCUAUCCGCAAGGAAGGGUUUCUUUAGUGAGUCCUCUUGCUCCUGGAGACCGCUUCCCAGGCAGGAAAAUUGGGACCAAGAUUACCACCCCCACCAGCUGCCACUGCUCACCCCCACACCUCUCAUUUGUGGACAUCCACUGGAACGUACAAAUACAUGGCUGUUUUCCUAUUUAGGGGACAGUGGCUUCCUGCUCCUGCCUGUUCACCUGCCUUGUCUCCUCACUACGCCAGUCUCAGGUGCCAUACAGGUUAAAGAUGCAUCCUAAUGUUCCAUGGAAGUCUACUCAGGAAAGGUGCCAUGGGUGACCUGCAAGGUGUGGUUAUGGCCACAAGGGGGCAGUAGUUGCAGUGGAUUCCUGCUUUGGUUUCAGAGACUGUCCAGGGCAUUUUCCUGAAACUUCUAAUACGUCCCUGGAAAUUUAUACACUUGCCUUUUCAUCUGGGACAUGGCCAAGAGUUCUUUGUUUUGAGAGACAGGAAAGAGUUUCCAGAGAGCUGGCUAUUAGUGAACUGCCCUUCAGUCAGGCAGGGGCUGCCUACUCAGGGCAUGAGAAGGCAAUGCCAGAUAGGCCGUCAAGGUCAUUUGUGUGUCCUCAGGUAGCUUGGGUGACCAGGGUUUAGGGAUAGGCCUGCAAGCCAGCCAGGGAGGCCCAGGCUGCUGACAUCUGGGCCUUGCAUGAAAAAGAGGGAUUGGGACAGCUAGGGGUGCAGAGCCAGAUGGUGAGUGGCUGGAAUCCAGGUGGCCUCUUGCCCCAUCUCUUGCCCUGCUGCACUGUAUGAAGUUCUUAGUUCAUAGGCUGGUUAGACAGUUAAGACUUAAGUGUCUGAGUGAGUGCACGGGUUAUGCUGCAGAAAAGGCCUUCAUCAAGAACUGAUACACUAUCACAGAAACUGGGGGCUUACAGAGACGCUCAAGUGAUAGAGGGCCUACCUAGCAAGUGUGAAGCCCUGAGUUCAAAUCCCAGUCCCACCAAAGGAAAGAAAAGAAUCUAUCAUGGAAAUUGGUACAGCCACUAUGGAAAACAGUAUGGUGGUUCCUGUACACACUAAGAAUAGAACUGUCACAUGACCAGCAGCCCCACUAUGGGGUGUAAUCCAAAGGCAGUGAGGUAUUAGUAUUGCCAGGAGAGAUGCCAGCAUUCCUGUGUCCAAUUGCAGCACUGUUCACAAUAGCCAAGGAAUCAGCCCAGGUAUCUGAUGGAUAAAUUAUUAUACAUCUAUUUGUGUGUAUGAAUAUAUAUAUAUAAUAUAUAGGGGAAUACUAUUCAGCCAUAAAAAUGAAGUCCUGCCAUUUGCAACAACAUGGAUGGAAAUGGAAAGACAUUAAGUGAAAUAAGCCAGGCACAGAAGGAAAAACACCAUCAUGAGUUCUAAUUCGGUAAAGCUGAAGAAGUCU